AUAUAUUCUUUGAAAAUACUCUUCAUUUAAUUUAUCGCUGCUAUAGUUUAUUCAAGCAGUCGACAUCGAAAAGUUCGAGAAGAAAGACAAAGCCGAGAACUCGAGUAUAUGUCUCUUAAUAGAAAGAAAUGAAGCGAAAUUCGAAAACGGUCAGAUUCUCGGGCGAUUACGGGAGCCCGGGAGGGGUGGAGUACGGCGACAGAAUGCCGACGUCGUGGAGCUCGGAGAGAGUAGCGAAUCCGAAUGUUAGGAGGCAUGUUGGUGGUGCUGCAUUCAUGCCUUUCAAUAGCUUGAGGGCGUUGCCUUCGAAAUGGGACGACGCUGAGCGUUGGAUCACGAGCCCGAUUUCGAGCUAUGGGGCCUCCGCUCAGAUUCUGCGGCGGCCCAAGUCCAAGAGUGGGCCCAUGGGGCUCACUAGUGGUGUGACUCUGCCUCAUGGUAGUAUCUCCAUUCGUUAUAAUGUGAAGACAAGUGGUGGUGAAAUUUCUUCUCGAGAUGAAAAACCCGAUAGCGUUGCAAAGAAGGAAUCUCCGAUUUCAGGUGUUAAACACAAGGACAUGAAAACUCAGAUCAACCCUGAUAGGAGGCUCUCCUUCUCUGCAUCACCUUCCUUAGGCCCGGCUUCAUUGCACCAGAACGACGUUCCUGCUUCUAAAGACGAAGUUCGAGAUGUCCAAGUUGACAAAGGUAUCACUACAGCCGGGCAGCCCAAGAAGCAAGAAGUAAUAAUGGUGAAGGACUUGAUUCAUAUCCAAAACAUGCCUUCACCUUGGAAUGCAGAUCAUUAUUCAAAAGUGACAUCAAAGUUGCAAAGAGAGGACGCGAAAAUCACAGCUUGGGAGAACUUGCAGAAGGCGAAAGCUGAGGCAGCAGUUCGGGAACUUGAGAUGAAACUAGAGAAGAAGAAAUCAGCAUCCAUGGACAAAAUCAUGAACAAGCUGAGAGCCUCGGAGAUGGAAGCUCAAGCCAAGAGAAACUUGCUGUCGGAGAAGGAAGCACCAAAAGCUCGAACGUCGCGGUCUCAUGGAGGAUUUGGAGUCUCUAAAUACAACUGCUUUCUUUGGCGUAGGAAUUAGUAGUUUGUUGCAAGAUCUUCUCAAACUUAAUUAGCUCUCUUUAGUCUUUAAGCCAAAAUGAUAUAUACAUAUAUAGAGCAGCCUUGAGCUGGUUAGUGAGCAGAAAUUGUUUCUAUUUUAUGUACAAUAAUAGUUCAAUUUGGCAGAAAAAUUGAGCCACAUUUCAUUUGAUAUCCAAUAUAUGAAGACUUUGGGGAAUCUAA